AUGCCGACGCCCUCAAAGCUCAAACAGUCGAGACUCACAUUUUCGUCAUGGGAACCCCUGCGCAAGGCAGCCUCCGAAAGGGGAAGCUCCCAGCAGAGCUCGCCGGCGUCUUCCCCUCUUCCUCCCAGCUCUUCCCCGCCUCAGCCAUCCCCGCAACGCACACCACCUCGAUCGACCCAGUCUCGCAGGACGCGAUUACGACCGAUGAAGUUAGAAGAUUCUAGUGAAGAGGUGUCCGAUGACGAUUUCAAUGCUGUCCGCCUCGGACCGCGCUCCCCCACCAAGCCCACUCAACGGAAAGGGAGGUUUUUCAGUGACGACGAGGCUCCAGAGCCGACCGCACGCAGGAGGAUAGCUUCAUCAGAUGAAGGCUCUGGGAAGAAUGAGUCCUCAAUAGAGUUCUUGGGUUCGGAUCCCCAGAGCAGCCCAUCAAAGUCGAAAGGGAAGCGGAAGGCGACACGCCGCCGUGUCGAUCCCGACAGUGACGACUCUGCUUCUGAAGAUGAGGCUCCCCGUCGGAAACUACGCCCACGACGUCAUCAGUCUUCAGACAGCGACUCGCCGGCACCGCGAUCACGUCGCAGUGCUUCACCAAAGCCUCGCAAGAGACGCCGAUCCAACCUCCACCCGGACCCAGACGAUGAACCAGCGUCCGCUGCAACCGAAGACGAAGAUGCGCGCGCCGAGAUCGAGAUGGACGAACCAGAACGCUUCACUGCGACGACUCGUCUCCGUGAAACCAAGGAGAGUGCCUGGGCCGCGAACCUACGGCGCCUGAAGGAGAGCCGCGGAGGCAACGCCGCUGAGUACGUCAGCUCGGGAUCCGAUAAGGACGAGGGCGAUUGGGCGUACGAACGAGAGGAUGAGCUCGACGACUUUCUCGUCAGCGACGACGGUGAGAUGCUGGAGGAGUUGCCAGAGGAGUUCUCACACAAACGCGAGUCAACAGAAUACAAGUUCAAGGUUGUGUUCCAGUACCUCCUUCUUCUGGCGAUCAAAGGCCCCGACAUUCUUCCUCUCAGCAAGUCGAACGCGGACUACUUUGGCCGCCAGCUGCGUGACGUGCGCAACCUUAUGAAGGGGUUCCGCGACUCGAUCUCGAGCACCCUUUGGAAACCCGAGUUCCGCAAGGCGCUCGAGACGUAUCCCAUCUGGAAGCAGGCGGACCUGACGGAGCGCGAGCAGUAUUGCGACGGGUGCAAUCGGCGCAACCAGCAUUGCUAUCACACGGCAUGGCUGCGUGGACAGCCCUAUGACCGCGAGUCACACGAGGUGCUCGAUGCGUCCGACAGCGAGGACGCUGAGGAGGACACUGAGGACGACGACCGCGUCCUUGGAAAUAUGGUGCCUGCAGAGGGCACACGACUUUCACGAGCUCCAGCACUGGGAGCACCAGAUGUUUUGCUUUAUCAAGUCGCAGUACAACGACCUUACAUGAGCAGCGGUGAACAGCGUGACUUGGCGAGCAGGCGACGCAUUUCUGCCGGUCUUGUGCGGAAGUUUUCUCGUGGCCCGCUGCCAAACGACGUCGAAGACGUCGACGAGGUAACAGAGUGGAUGGACUCGCAGGGUCUCAUGCGCGAUUCGCUCGACUGGCUCGGCCGCGUAGAGGGCCGCGCACGCCGUCUCGAGAGACACUACUAG